AUGGAAGAGUUUCCAUGUCCACUAGAACGCACUGCUGCUUCAGCUCUUCUCCUGCUCUCUUCAUCCACCACCACCACAUCGCCCUCUCUCUCCCCAAAGCUUGAUUUUGAGGACGAACCGAACAAAGAUGGAGGAAGCAACAGCAACAGUGAUGAUAGUGGGAAGCGGAUGGAGAGCGUGGUGUUGAGUGAUUCGAAGGCUUGUUCUUCGCCCCUGAGUAGCGAUGGUUCGUCUGAAGAGAUCCAUGCUCGGCGGCUCAGAAUCGUUGCGGUUGUGGCUUGGUGCAAUGAGAUGAAGCUUAAGGUUGUGCGAAAGAGUCGCUCCAAAAACUACCGAAGCUGCCAUCACCGGAAAAUCACGUCUGGAAAUCCCGCCAAGAUGGCUUCUGGAUCUGUGUCGGAGAACACAGAGGUUUCGUGCUUGUCAAGUGGUUCUAGCGCUCGAAGCCGAUACCCCAGCGGUGGAGUUGGAAUUGGAAAGGCUGGGCUGAGCAGUGGAGAUGUGAGGGGGAAGCAGCUGGGCUCGGUUCACAUGCGGCGCCGAGGCGAGGCGAUUUUGAGGUUGUUAUCUGGAGGGUGUUCUACUGAAGUCAGGAUCCGUCGAGUGCUCGGUGACAGUCCUGACACCAGCAAAGCUCUCAGAAUGUUGUUAAAGCUGGAAGAAGUCAAAAGAACUGGGGAAGGAGGCAGGCAGGACCCCUAUAUUUACAGGAUAGCCUAAUAGAUUUAAGGAGCUAGACCCGGCUGGACCGGGUCAUAUAUAGAGUUUGGAUGGUCGCUAUGCUAGGGACACAAUACUGUAACCAUUUUAUUUUGACGGAAAGGUAACACAGAAUUGACACAAUACUGUAACUGAGCAUAUACCUUCGUAGUUUACCACCAUUUUGUUCUGCAUGUUUCCCAGAAUUAAUUUCCUGAUAUAUAGGGAGGUUUUCUAUAGCAACAUUUUACUCGGACAUGUACAAUUCUUAUACAUUGACACAGUUCAUGUCAAAGUUUAAUAGAAGUUUACUUCUGUCA